AUGAGUCACCAUUAUCUUGAAGAGCUUUGGAGUGGAUUGGGAGACGAAAUCUCUCUCUAUAUCCGCUGGAAUGAUGCCCGCCUGAUCGUUUACCUGAGCCGUUCCCAGACAAGCACGGAUGUCCCUUCAAUCGACAACACUUUCCUCGAUAGGUACAACGAGACUUGUAACAACGACGACAUCGACGAAGCCGAGGCUCUCUCCGAUGAAAUCCUCGAUGCUGUCGUCGAGGCUGGAAGAGACACCUUCGACCGUGUAGCCCCACCACCUGCCCCUGGCCAUAUGCCAGAAGACCUUCUCACUCUACUGUUUCCCAAGGAGUAUUCGUUUUCAUUUCAAGCCUUGAAUGGAAAGGCAGAAGUGCAUUGCAACCUACCAGCUUAUUCUACUAAAGAGAUCCACGUCGUCGAGAGCCUUAUCUUGGCGGAUUAUAUCGCCCUUGUGCAAGUCGAAGGUAAAGAGAUGUGUUCAAAGGCUGGAGAUAGCAAGGGCGAGGAUGCCACACAACGAGAGCUUGACUGCCUCUGGAAGAUUACGAAAUCCCUCCAAGCAGCUGCCAUACAGGUCCCCAAACUCCUUGGUCUGAUCACAACACCCGAAAAUGGCAAGACUAUUGGGUUCUUGGAGGAGUAUAUCCCAGUGGCUGAGACUUGGGAGCUAUCCACACUCGGAAGAAUUGAUGAUGUCUCUGCGAUUGAUGAGAGCCGUCGGAAGAAGUGGUUAUCUCAGAUUCAGGACACUGCUGAUCUCCUACAUAAGAUCGCGAUUACAUGGGGCGAUGGCAAAGCAUCUAAUGUAUUGAUUCAUCGUGAAACAGACGACGCAUGGGUCAUCGACUUCGGGGGCGGAUGGACGGAAGGCUGGGUAGAUGAGGAAUUAAGCGGAACGGUGGAGGGAGACGAGGUGGCUGUCCGAAAAACCAUGGAAUACUUACAGGUUUCGUAG